AUGAUCAAAUUGUUAAGUGUUGCCAUUGUGGCAGGAUUGGUGUUUGAAAGUAACCAGGUGACCCUCAAUGUCUCUAACUCAUUGGAACCAACUGACAAAAACAGAAUGCUUCUUCCUCUUCCCUUCCUUCCAGUAAAGCCAGGAUGGCCCUGCUACUUUCCCACUCACAUUCAAUGCUGGACUGACUGGUUUGACAGAGAUGACCCUACUGGAACAGGAGACUGGGAAACCCUCUACAAUCUUCGCAAAGAGAACCCAGGAAAGAUCUGCUCUAAACCACUAGAUAUUGAGGCCAGAACUCUAUCUGGGCUCACUGUGGCUGCAGCAGGGGAUGUGAUUUAUAAAAGUGACACAACUUUAGGAUUCGUCUGCAGAAACCAGGACCAAUCCAAGAAGAUGUGUAACGAUUAUCGUGUUCGUUUCAGCUGCCAUCCCCCUUUCUGUGGUGGAGGAGUGUGCUGGACCAAGUGGUAUGACCGGGAUGAUCCCAGUGGAACGGGGGACUGGGAGCUUUUGAGUAACCUGAAGGCAGAAAACCCAGGAGAAAUUUGUGACUAUCCCCUGUAUAUUGAGGCUGUUACCACUGACACAAUGACCCCAGCCAUCUACACAGGGGAGACCUUCUUUGCCUACAAUCCAACUCAGGGAUUUGUUUGCCGCAAAGUGGACCAGACAUCUGGCAAUUGCCGUGACUACAAAGUUCGGUUUGGAUGCCCAUGCAGUUAUUAAGCUUUGACUCCACACCAACACUGACGGUGAUGGGAAGAGAAGACCUUCCAAUUCUCAUUACUUUAACUAUUGUCUGCUCUUUCUUUUCUUCUGUAGAAUUUUGAUGAAAGAAAUAUGUACAAAUAGUGUGCAUAUGUGCAUUUUUUCACUGUAGAAAUUUUGA